AUUUGAACGGUGUCUUUCUUUGUCAACAGUGUUGAGGAUUUCCGCAACGAAAGAAAGAUCGAAAGUCAAGAGAAAUUGUGGCGAAAUUCGUGGGUUUGUUACUGAAGAUGAAGGUGACAACUUAAUGCAAAAGAUCCCCCCGAACUGAACACAAACAGGCCGCGAUGUCCAUGUUGACGAGGAAGGGCACGUUGGUCCGGAAGUCACGAGGUUCCGGCCGGAAGUCGUCUGUGGGCAGGACGAAAUCUACUGGAUCCACGUGCAGCAACAGCACGCGCGGCACCGUAGACAGCGACGAGUAUUCUGUGCCGCCAUCACCGCUAACCAAGUUUGACCCGCAUAGCAGUUCAACGUCGUCCCCGGCAAGAAGUACAAUUGUGUCUUACAGUAAUGACCGACAAGCCUUUGACACCAACCUCGAGUGGGAAGCAGCAAUAGCCACCUCAAACCAGUCUACACCGGAUGUGUUUUUGCAACUUCAGGAAGCUAACAAAAAUGCGGACAGCGCAUGCGAGUUUGCUUGUCGAGGGCAGCGAAUACUAUGUAAAAGUACGUUUAUGACCGGGUGCCUAAUUCUGUCAAUAAUACUGCCUAUCAUCAUGAUAUCUAUGGGCGUGAAAUAUCUCAACGAGUGCCCCGCUCAACCCAAGGUGCCUGUAUACCUACUAGUGUCCGGAUGCUUCGCAAUGGUCAAGCUCACCGUCGACCUGUGGAAGGUCAUCCAGGACAAGAAGGACGAGAACUCUGACACCUUCUAUGACGUCAACGACAACGCGGCCUUGACCUCGAGGACGUACAAGAUCAUGAACACUUUGCUGACGCUGUUCCUCUUGGUGUGGCACGGGCUGGGCACGUACUGGGUGUUCAAGGUGUGGGAGCCUCGCUUCACGCAGCUGCUGCACCAGCCCAGCAACUGGUGCGACAAGACCGUGUACAUGUUCGCCGUCUGCCAGAUCCUCGGCCUCUACCUGUUCCUGUGCCUUUUCGUGCUCGUCGUCUGCUGCCUGACGGUCAUGUACAGGUCGUCUUGUGUCGGUGCACAGGAUAUUGUGUAGAAAAAAAAAUUGUGAUGAUUGAUGCUGUUCUUGCUUUUUCAUUGUGGGACGUCCAGGAGAGAUACGGUGAAGGAAAGAAGAAAAGAAGGAAUGUUUUGAAGUUUGUUUUUGUUUAACAACACCACUGGAGCACAUUGAUUAAUUAAU